CCAAGAUUUGGGUUGGCGGGAAUUACCACCGUUUGACGUCGGAAGCACUGCACCAGUAACAGGGCGCCAUGGCAGGGAAUCCCCAUCGGUAAAUCCUGCAAGGUACAAAAGUACAGUACUACAACUUUCGUGCCCCUCAUUAUACCAAGUUGUACAGUACAAUCUGAUUUUCAGAUUUCCAUACCUCAACCCGACACCUGCGACUUGAAAAUCUCAAUACUGCGUCUACCGCAGAUAGACUGGUAGCUCGAGAGUUGCUUCGGGUCCGUCGCAGUCGCCCACAAUUACUUCCAUACCGGAGUCCGACCCUCACUGAGCACAUUCAAGAUGGGCUCCUCCAAUCCCCUUCCAACGCAGCGGCGAGAAUUCCCUCCCAUACGAGCAUGCAUAUUCGACAUGGACGGCCUCCUCAUCGACUCGGAAGACAAAUACACCGAAGUAACCAACACGAUUCUGCGCGAGAACAACCGACCCCCAUUACCAUGGCACAUCAAGGCGCAACUGCAAGGCCGCCCGGGCCCAGCAGCCGGCAAAAUCUUCCACGAGUGGGCACAACUACCGAUUUCACGCGAACAGUUCAUGCAACGGCUGGUCGAGUUGCAGGCCGAGGCCUUUCAGCACUGCAAGCCGCUUCCGGGGGUAGAGGACCUGUUGCGGCGACUACAAAAUACAUAUGUGAAAUCCGACAACAACUCAAAAUCCGAACAACAGCAACAAAGAGAAAAAGUCCACCUGGCCCUAGCGACCAGCUCCCAUUCGCGCAACUACGAGAUCAAAACCGUCAAGCUGCGACACUUGUUUGACGUUUUCCCAGACACUCACAAGAUUCUAGGCGACGACCCUCGAAUACCCACUGGGCGAGGCAAGCCGUUGCCAGACAUUUAUUUAUUAGCACUCCAAGCCAUCAACGACACGGUCAUGGCGCAGAACCAGAACUCCGAGAACGGUGAACAAAUUAGACCGAUCGAACCGCAUGAAUGUCUGGUCUUUGAGGAUAGUGUACCUGGUGUCGAGGCGGGUCGAAGAGCUGGCAUGAGAGUCGUCUGGUGUCCGCACCCGCAGUUGCUGGAAGUCUACAAAGGCAGAGAAGAGGAAGUGCUUGCUGGCCGGACGGGAGAACACAAAGAAGACGAUUUAGAUCAUGCCGAAGGCAUUCCUAUUGCUGGAAGUCCCGGCCAAGUCGGGGAGAUUGGCGACGGCUGGGCCGAGUUGUUGACCACGCUCGAGGACUUUGAUUUCGCAAAAUAUGGUAUUGAGUUCGACGCCGCGGCUGAGAGUGCCCACAACCAAGCCACCGCUGCUGCUGCUGCCAGUGCUACCACCGAUAAAGCCCUCGAGGAGAUGACGGCGAUGGCGGACGGCAAGCAUCAUGCUCCUGAGGAGCCGCCGUCCGUGCCGACGCCUGUACCGAGUAUGACUUGAAGGACUUCCGUUGUACGUUUGCACCCGCCAUCAUGUCUUGGUCGCUGUUACGACCUGACGAAUGGAACACCCGUCUGAUAAAACGGUGAAUGAAGAACAAGAACACGAGCGUGCGUGCUUUUUGUACAGUAUGACCGAACAGCCAAACGAGGAGAAAUACAGUAUAUCAUCACAUUGUGCAUCGAUUGUUUUGGACUCAUCAGUCCUCUACUGCCAACAGCGGAGUCUCCUCCGACGGAGGAGGGUAUGGAGGAGGUUGACCACCAGUUUCAUCCGCAAGAUCAUCCUCCAAUAAUUCCGCCUGACUCUCCGUACUACUGUUGGCCUGGGCCAUUCUAGCCUGCAAUUCAUUCCUCUCUCUCCUCCGAUGCAUAAUCUCGAAAUAAAUCCCCAUGACCAGCAACGUGCCCUGCAGACAGCCCGUGACAACAUAGACCCCCCACGCGCUCCAACCCUCGCUCCCCAGCCGCGCGGCCAGGCUGGCCGCCCAGACAAAACUGCCUGGUGUCUGGAUACACAUCAUGGGGAUACUCAGACUGCCAACUCUUUUGAGCAUGAAGGUCGUGUAGAUCUGAGGGAAAUACUGGAUCGACGCGAGCACCGUGGAGAAAAUGCCCAAGAAGUUCGCCCAUCCUUGCGCAUGCGUCGGACGCAUGUAAACGAAGUAGAAACUAAGAAUUGCAAUGAUCACUGCGUGCACCACCG